AUGGGGCUCAGCAACAACACAGGGCAGCAGGCAGCCGCCCGCUCCUCGCUAUUUAUAGCGGCGGGAGGAGCCUGGGUCCGGGACGGCUUCCGCCUCCGGGCUCGUUCGGGGCCGCGGUGGCAGCAGCAGGACGGACGCAGGGAUCCGGUAGUAAGAGAUGUACAUAAACACUUUAUUUUGUUUGCUUUCACAAGGUGCUCUAUUGGAACAGAAGACCAGUGUGAUGCUGUGCUGGAGAGUGAAGCAAAGAAGAAUACAGCAUGUGGCAUGAUCACAGAUCCAACAGGAAUCUUCAAGGAUUGCCACAACAAAGUGCCUCCAGAAAAUUUCUUCAAUAAUUGUGUUUAUGACAUGUGUUUCACUGAGGGACAGGCAACAUCCUUAUGCUAUGGACUGCAGGCCUAUGCUGAGUCUUGUAUCAGUGCUGGAAUAUGUAUAGAGUGGAGAAACGCUACUCUUUGCCCAAUGUCCUGUCCUGGAGGCAGCAUCUACAAAGGCUGUGGAACUAGGUGUCCCUCUACUUGUGUGAGCUCCUCGGCUUCUAAUACCUGUAGCUCAUUGCCAGUGGAGGGUUGCUUCUGUAAGGACGGCUAUGUUCUGAGUGGAGACACAUGUGUGCCAGAAAGCAACUGUGGUUGUGUUGAUGACAAAAACCACUAUCACGAGGCAAGUUACCGUAGACACUUCCCCAGCAGCCUGUCAAUUUCUCCUGCACGUUUGAUGUUGACUUCUGCGAGUGGGUCCAGGGAGCCGUCCAGCAGCAUUGACUGGAUAAGGCACAAGGGACCAACGCCUUCUCCAGAUACCGGCCCUUCCUUUGACCACACGACUGGAGAUGGCUACUACAUCUACCUGCAUGGCGACGAUCCCUACCCCGGCUUUGUGUCACAGCUGGUCAGCCCGGUGUGCAAUUCAACGGGACCACACUGCUUCCGCUUCUGGUAUCACAUGUAUGGAGUGGCUGAAACCAUGGCCCUGCGGGUGUAUGUGGCUCAGGACGGGGAGCUACUGGAGGUCUGGAAAAGCGUUGGGAACCACGGGGACAGAUGGAUCUUGGGAGAGGUCACAGUGCAUAGUACAGGAAACUUGCAGCUUGUCCUUGAGGGAGAAUGGGGGGAAGAUUUCCGCAGCGACGUAGCACUGGAUGAUCUGUCCAUUGAACAGGGAUACUGUCCAGGCGAUGUGACCCCAACUCCACGCCCUGGCACCACCACACCUGGGACAGGAACCUCCACACCAACACCACAGCCAGGCUCAGGUCCAUCAACACCAAAACCUGGGACACCCUCGCCAGACAUCACUACGCCGCCUCCACACCCAACAACAACCACACCAAGCUCAGGUCCAUCAACACCAAAACCUGGGACACCCUCGCCAGACAUCACUACGCCGCCUGCACAAACGCCAUCCACUCCCCAUCCAAGCUCAGGCCAUGCUUCCUGCAGUGCCUCUGGGGAUCCACAUUACAACACUUUUGACCACAGAGUUCAUAAUUUCAUGGGAAACUGUUCUUACACCCUCUCCAAAGUGUGUAACAUCUCUCAGAAUAUUCCGUACUUUGAUGUGUCUACAACAAAUGAGCACAGAGGAUCCAACACCAAAGUCUCUUAUGUGAAGUCAGUACAAGUGGAAGUGUAUGGCUACCAGAUUUCUAUGCUGAAAAGCAAGAAAGUGAAUGUGAAUGGCAGCAGAAUGAACCUACCCAUAUUUAUUGAAAAGAAGAUCAGUAUUCAAAAUAGUGGUGGUUAUGUUCUCUUGGAAACAGACUUUGGACUGUGGGUGAGAUAUGAUGGAAAUCACUAUGCAGAAGUCUCUGUGCCCUCUGAUUACAGUGGUCUGCUCUGUGGUCUGUGUGGUAAUUACAAUGGUGAUCCAAAUGAUGACAACAUAAAGCCUAAUGGUGACAUUGCAAGUAAUUCCAAUGAACUUGGACAAAGCUGGCUUGUACCUGAGAAUAACACCAUGUAUGUACAGGAAUCCAAUCACAUUUGCUAAUCAAACUCUAUGAAA